UGGUGUUGGGCGUGCUGGUUAUUUUCAGUCUUGCCUCCGUGGCCGCUAGCCACUCCCUUGGUGGCACCCUUGUGGGCCGGGUAAGAGGUCGGAGGCGGGCGGGGGGCGGCAAUGGCGGAAGAGUGACGACAGGCCUGAACGGCUCGAGGAAGGGAACCAGGGAACGGCCCGCGUGUGGGAGGGUUUUUGAAGGAUUCCGGCGUGCGAGGGGGCUGUCAGUGGAGCAGCACGUGUGCUCGCGUAAACAAAAGCCAUUACUGUACGCCAUCACCGGUGCUAGGCCCAAGAGUUCCAGUGAAACUCACGAAAAGAUACCAUCGCGAUAUUUUGACCCCGCCAAAUCUGUACUAUCGCGAUACGUUGAUCGGCACGGCAAAUUUAUGGAUACAGAUGCACAAGGUAGCUCAAUAUGGAUGGUCACUGUCGGGCAAUAAUCAAAUCAGCAUUAGUUUACAGAUUCCGUGUCCAGACAAGCAUCAUUUAAAGACACCCUUCAUGGAUGUGCGGUGGCAGCGAGCGUCCCACGCGAGGUUUCAUUUCGCAGUCACUUCCCUUCCCCGUCGAUUCAAAGUGACUUGUGGACGGAUGAUGUAAGAGGCCAAAGCGCUAAUUUUAUUUUAUUUUUUUUUUAUUUUUUUUUUUUAAAGAGAAGCUUGUGAGCAUGUGAUCUUGACGUUCAGGGCGUCAACAGCUGCUGCGCCUCCAGCGAUGGAAAGCUCGUCGUUCAGCGCCAGGAGGCGAACGUGGGCCAGCGAAGGCCGACGGCGGUCCGUCCUGGACGAAGUCUCGGAAUCUCUAACGGAUGAUGAUGAUGAUGAUGACGUCUUUGCAGUCGGUUGCUUCACAGAAAAGACAGAGUUUGUGCUCCAGAACUGCACGUUGAGGGCCUGCCCGCAAAACUGCAGUCUUGGGAGUUUGGGGACGUGCACACACGAACACAUUUCAAAUUCAACGUUCAGUGGUGGGGAAGUUAUGUCGAAAGCGGGACUUGCAAUGCAUCCUGCCAGCGAGGAGAGAAACAGUGGCCUUGUCAGCAACGUUCCAGAGGUGCUCCAGUUGCAUUCGGAGGACACGGAAGAGAUCCUGUGGCGGUUGGGCUUCGGCCGCGACGACCCGGAGCUCGCCGUGCGCAUCCCCCCUCGCUUUCUCUCCUUCCCUUCUCAAGCUCGGGGCAUCAACUUUCACCUCUUCCUGGAGUCGCAGCUCCGACGGAUACGGGAGGAGGACCCCAGCCUGUGCAUCGCAAGUCGUUUCAGACAAGUCCAAGCUCUGACUGCAAUGGCCAACGCGUUCUGCUCGCUGUACUCGCACGUGUCCCGCACGCCCCUGCGCAAACUUGGCUCACCGGAGUUCAAUUUCGCAGCGUCGUCGCCCGCCAUGAGCGUGGGGAGGAACGUGGGGAGCAGCGCGAGGGGCGACCCGCAUUCUCCCGUCAAGAGGCUGAAAGACACCGUCUCCAUAAUGUGCCUCUACACCCCACCCAGGAGAAAAUCCAGCCUGUCCGAUGUUGCCGAUCCGGUUCCGCAGCACCUCCAGACUACCGAGACGCUGGAUUUGAUGGAUGGAGGACAAACGGAUAAAAGCAAAGAAGAUAAAAGUGUCGGAUCACAGAUGGUAGUAAAAACUCAUCCCAGGUAAAAUCAUCGCAAUUCAAUAGCGGAUCAGUUGAAACCGGUUGCCAGGGUAACCUGCGAGCUCAUCGGUCCAGUUCACCGAGACGACGUCUAGCGUCACAUCUUGUUGAAGAUGGACGACAAAGACGAGUCAAGCCUUGGCGUUCAAAACAAGUCAACAACUUCUGAGUCGGCCUCCGGACCGAUUCCCGUCCUAACUGGUCCCACACUCAGGACAGAAUCGAACGAUGGCCCCGACCUUGCACACUACGUUUCAGGGAAAUCAGUCCGCUUGUCUUGAAAAGAGUCACAGCCGAGGAGGAGCUCAUCCCAGUUGGAAUUUGGCGCUGGGAGUUGCAUCCAUUCUGGAUUAAGUGUCAAUAAAUCACUGGGCACAUCCUUCCAUUUUUUUUUUCAGUCCCACAUCUUAAGACUGCGGGUCAGCCUCGCCCAGUAGAAUUUUGGGGUACGACCUGGAUGGGUCUGCCAGCCUGUCGCGUGAUACACGUAGACAAAAAAAAAAAAAAAAAAAAAAAAACAUUCACACUCAAGUCCACAUCUACGGAGUCAGGACCGAAUUUAAUAUGCAUGUUUUUGGAAUUUGGGAGGAGGCCAGCCUACCUGAAGAAAACCCACACAAGCUUGGGGAGAAAAUGCUAUUUGGGUUAGCAGUUUGAAAUAUGAAAGCAAUAUUUAAUUGUACAGCAUUGUGCCCAAGUGAUUAGCACGUCUGCCUCAGAGUAAAGCGGUCCUGGGUUCUGUUGGGUGCGCCGGAUUCUUCCAACUUUCCACAAACAGGCACGUUAGCUUCACAGAAGAAUAAAUUGAAAUAUGACAGAAUGGUGGUAUGUAAAAAAGUGCCUUGCCAUUGACUGGCAACUAGUGCAAUUAUUGAUAAACACGUGCACGUCACAUAGGAGAACGUGAGGGCAAGAAUUUGAAAUCCAUAUCUAUUUGACACAAAUCAAUUUUAAAUGCAGCAUUACAUGCACUCAGAAAAUGUUAAGUCCUACAAUUUGACUUCUU